AUGUCGUUGUUGCCAACCUUCGUGUCAAUUGCUGUCCUACUGGUCGCUCUAAUCUUCGGUAUAUGCCUUACCUUCGAUAUGGAAGCUUCUCGAGGUUACUUGCCGAUUCUUGCGAGAGCUGUUCUUAAUAGCUGCCGACUAUGCAAUACUGUACAUGAGAGGGAUUACACCGAGGAUGAUAUUCCCGAUGAUUUAUCGGGUAAAGUGGUGCUCAUCACAGGGGCCUCGAGUGGUGUUGGUUAUGAGUCUGCCAGGAUACUUGCCUCUCGUGGUGCUAAAGUGGUUCUGGGUAUUCGAGGUGACCGAGAGAGGUUGGAUAAAAUAACCUCCUCUCUACUACUACUACCAGGUCUGGUCUUGGCCCCGGUGCCCUUGGACCUAUCCAAUUACGACACUAUCAGAACUUUUGUGCGUUCAAUUCCCUACGCUGGUAUUGACCAUUUCGAUAUCGUCAUGUUAAAUGCGGGCAAACGUCCAGAUACAUUCACCGCGAAUGCUGGUGGUGUAGAGUGGAUGAUGGCGACACAUCAUCUUGGUCAUGCUUAUCUCUUCGAGUUACUCAUGCCGAUGAUGUUAAAAGCACCCGGGCAGGUUCGAGUGGUCAUCACUGCUAGCGUGGCCCAUAUGUGGGCCUAUCCAGAAGGUAUCCGCUAUAAUGUAACGGCAGACAACUUCGUGUCGAGUUCCGCCUACGGCACUAGCAAGCUCGCCAAUAUUCUCUAUGGUCGUGAACUUGCGAAGCGGUUGGACAAGAGAUACUCGAACAAGUUCAUUGUGAACUCGAUCAACCCAGGUGCGGUUCAUACACAGUUCUCUUCAUCUGUCAAGAAGUUCCCUACCUGGGUUGGUUACAAUGCGACUCUCGGCGCAAUGCCUCUACUCAGAGCCGCCGUUGACGCCAAUGUUGUUACUGACGGAUACUAUGUUCCCGUUGGUCUGCGCGCAGAUUGGAAGCAAGAUACAGCUCAUUGGUGGACCUGUAACGAGACCAUGCAGAAGGAGCUUUGGGACUGGACACGCGAGAAACUAAGGAAAGCUCACAAAGCAGUGAGUGGUAGUCGGCCUGUUGAGGAGUCGCUCAUGCUCGAUACCUUGUGAAAUCGAGCUCAGUUUUUUUCGUAAAAUGAAUCACAAGUUAAUGUCAUGUGGAUUCGAGGGUAUUCAUGGUUUUCGAUGGGUUCUCGGGGGAAGGCAUUGUCAUUGUGGAAUACUUUGUUAUUUUCC